AUGGGUCGCAAACUCAAAGACCUCUCCAAUCUCAGCGAACCAGAAGCUCAGGAAACCCAAAACCUUCGCGAAACCAAAGCUGAGAGGAAGAAGAAGAAGCAGAAAAACAAAGACCAAGAAGAACAAGGCCAACUAACCCAACUCAGUCCCAAGAGAAAGCUGGAAGAAAUUGCCCCUCAAGAAGAUAACUCAGAUUCUACUAAGAAGAAGAACAAGAAGCACAAGAAAUCCAAAGAUAAGGAGCAAGAAACCGAAAACAAUGUGAAGGAGCCACAGAGAAAUGGGGAUGCCGACGAAGGUGAAUCUAGAGAACAGGUUGUUGUGGUUACUGGGAAAGAUGCGAAUGAAGCCAAAUACAAGUCAUUGAAUUCCUUUGCGGAAGCGAAGCUUCCGAGUGAGGUUUUGCGGUGCUGUGAGAAUUUCAAGAGUCCUUCUCCGAUUCAAUCCCGGGCAUGGCCUUUCUUAUUGGACGGCCGCGAUUUUAUUGGGAUUGCGAAAACGGGGUCAGGUAAGACUUUGGCAUUUGGGGUACCUGCUAUUAUGCACGUUUUAAAUAAGAGGAAGGGUAAGUUUUCGAAGGGCCGAACUCCUCUUUGCCUUGCACUUGCACCCACAAGGGAGUUAGCUCAACAAAUUUCAGAUGUUCUGUUUGAGGCUGGGAAACCUUGUGGUGUGAUAUCAGUUUGUUUGUAUGGUGGAGCAUCUAAAGGACCUCAAAUAUCUGCUCUGAAGUCUGGUGUUGACAUCGUUAUUGGAACUCCUGGUCGUCUCAAGGAUCUCAUUGAAAUGGGUGUGUGUUCCCUAAAGGAAGUAUCUUUUACGGUCCUUGAUGAAGCAGAUCGAAUGCUUGACAUGGGUUUUGAACCAGAAGUUCGCUUUAUAUUGGGCCAGACAUGCUUGGAACGCCAGAUGGUAAUGUUCAGUGCUACAUGGCCUCCUUCAGUUCAUCAAUUAGCUCAGGAGUUCAUGGAUCCCAAUCCUGUUAAGGUAGUUGUUGGUUCAGAGGAUUUAGCUGCCAAUCAUGAUGUCAUGCAGAUAGUUGAGGUCUUGGAUGACCGUUCACGUGAUGGACGCUUGGUUACUUUACUAGAAAAAUACCACAAAUCCCAAGAGAACCGAGUUUUGGUUUUUGUCUUGUACAAAAUGGAAGCUACUCGUGUUGAAAAUAUGCUGACAAAAGGGGGUUGGAAGGUUGUCUCUAUACAUGGUGAUAAGGCACAAACCGAGCGUACUAAGGCACUAUCUCUAUUCAAGAAAGGAAGCUGUCCCUUGAUGAUAGCUACUGAUGUGGCUGCUCGAGGAUUGGAUAUUCCAGAUGUCGAAGUAGUGAUUAACUAUAGUUUUCCCCUAACUACUGAGGAUUAUGUCCACCGAAUUGGACGGACUGGACGGGCUGGUAAGAAGGGUGUUGCUCAUACUUUCUUCACACAUCACAACAAGGCACUUGCUGGGGAGCUGGUCAAUGUUCUCAGAGAAGCCAAGCAAAAUGUGCCAGAAGACUUAUUGAAAUUUGGCACUCAUGUUAAGAAAAAGGAGUCCAAACUAUAUGGGGCUCACUUCAGAGAAAUUCCUGUGGAUGCUCCAAAGUCGAAAAAAAUCACAUUUGACAACUCUGAUGACGAAAAUUAA